CGGGGCAAGCGGCUGCUGAAAAGCCGCCCGGUAGGCGGCUGCGCCGAGGAAGCGACGGGGCGGUGGCGGCGCGGGUGAGGUGCGAGGCUAAGUGCAGAGCGCGCAACACUGGAGGAGCGGAUGUUAAGUCAGAUUAUAGCAGAAAAUGUCCACCGAACGAACUUCAUGGACAAACUUGUCCACUAUUCAGAAAAUAGCCCUCGGCCUUGGAAUUCCAGCAAGUGCAACAGUUGCCUAUAUCCUGUAUCGUCGAUAUAGGGAAAGCAGAGAAGAGAGAUUGACAUUUGUUGGAGAAGAUGACAUUGAGAUAGAGAUGCGAGUUCCCCAGGAGGCUGUGAAGCUCAUCAUUGGUCGACAAGGAGCCAAUAUUAAACAGUUGCGGAAACAGACAGGCGCUCGAAUCGAUGUGGACACAGAGGAUGUAGGCGACGAGCGAGUGCUGCUUAUCAGUGGUUUUCCUGUCCAGGUGUGCAAGGCCAAAGCAGCAAUCCAUCAGAUCCUGACAGAGAACACUCCAGUGUUUGAGCAACUCUCUGUCCCCCAGAGAUCUGUGGGCAGAAUCAUAGGGAGAGGCGGUGAGACGAUUCGCUCUAUCUGUAAGGCUUCUGGAGCCAAAAUCACUUGCGACAAAGAAUCAGAGGGAACAUUACUACUCUCGAGACUUAUAAAAAUCUCAGGAACACAGAAGGAAGUGGCAGCAGCUAAGCAUCUGAUACUGGAGAAAGUUUCAGAAGAUGAAGAACUUCGGAAGAGAAUUGCCCAUUCUGCAGAAACCAGAGUCCCACGAAAGCAGCCAAUCAGUGUGAGAAGAGAGGAAGUGACAGAGCCUGGUGGAGCUGGAGAAGCAGCUUUAUGGAAAAAUGCCAAUUCUAGCAUGGGACCAGCUGCACCCCUGGAAGUUCCUCUCCGAAAAGGAGGUGGUGAUAUGGUUGUUGUAGGACCAAAAGAAGGUUCCUGGGAGAAACCUAAUGAUGACAGCUUUCAGAAUUCUGGUGCCCAGAGUAGUCCAGAGACGUCCAUGUUUGAAAUUCCCAGUCCUGACUUCAGUUUCCAUGCUGAUGAGUACCUAGAAGUCUACGUUUCUGCUUCUGAACACCCUAACCACUUCUGGAUCCAAAUCAUUGGUUCCCGCAGCUUACAGUUGGAUAAACUUGUCAGUGAGAUGACCCAGCACUAUGAGAAUAGUCUGCCGGAAGACUUGACUGUGCAUGUAGGAGACAUUGUAGCAGCACCUUUAUCUACAAAUGGUUCCUGGUAUCGAGCCCGAGUUCUUGAAACCUUGGAAAAUGGAAACUUGGACCUCUACUUUGUUGACUUUGGAGAUAAUGGAGAUUGCCCACUCAAGGAUCUCAGGGCUCUCAGGAGUGACUUCCUAAGCCUCCCAUUUCAAGCAAUAGAGUGCAGUCUGGCACGGAUUGCCCCCUCAGGUGAAGAGUGGGAAGAGGAAGCUCUAGAUGAGUUUGACAGACUCACUCACUGUGCUGACUGGAAGCCCCUAGUGGCCAAAAUUUCUAGCUAUGUCCAGACUGGAAUCUCAACUUGGCCAAAGAUCUACUUAUAUGAUACCAGCAAUGGGAAGAAACUUGAUAUUGGGCUAGAAUUAGUUCGUAAAGGAUAUGCAGUUGAACUUCCUGAAGACAUGGAAGAAAACAGAACUGUCCCAGAUAUGUUGAAGGACUUGGCCACAGAAACAGAUGAUUCUCUUGCAAGCAUACUCACUGAGACAAAAAAGAGCCCUGAAGAGACACCACAUACCCUGUCCUGCCUCAGCUUAUCAGAAGCUGCCUCUAUGUCUGGUGAUGAUAACCUUGAAGACGACUUACUCUGAAGCCUGGGCUUCAGCUGCUGGAUCAGCCCUCUGCUUUGCUGUGGUGUGGUGCCAGAGAGAAGUCUAUGACAGAGAAAUCCACGAAGCUCUUUACUUCAUGUGGCAUGGCUUGCUGUGGAUCAAAUUCAUUUUCUGUUUCAUUGGAUCUACCAGAAAGUGACAGACGGAGACAAAUGGAGACAGAUUUCUCCACCUCACUCCUCUGGUUCCUCCCCUAUCUUUCAGUGUUUGAAUGCUGCUGUGUAACUCUCAGCCUCUUCAUAUCAGGUUCAGUUCCCUCUGCCAGUAAUAAUUUGCAUUACUGCUGGGCUAUGUUCUUUUUGAGGCUGGGAAACAGCCAAGGUUUGAGCAUUGAAGGAUGAUUCUGCAGAUUUCUGACUCACCUUAUCAGGUGACUGUAGUUAUAGGCAGUAUUUGGUGGACUCAGAAGACUGCAGUUGCCAGGAGAUAAGGCAAAACUCAGCAUAAAUAUAUUUAAAAGCCUCAUAAAGGGGGGAAGAGAGUACUACCUCUCACCCUCAGUUGCUGAGGUUAUUCAAGACAAGUUUUUUUGAAACAGUCCUCCAGCUAUUUCUUUGUGAAUUUUAGUUAAAAAUACAACUAGAGGGGAGAAGCAACUUAGGAAAUGUUGUAAACUGCAAAUAUCUGUCUCUGUAUACACACAACUAGACAGAGAAUGAAUGUAUAGUUCUGCCUACGUAAUUUGGGGAAUUGUUUGCUAAAUAAAGUUCUCAAAAAAAAUUAUCCAAAACCACAUACUCAGUUACAACUUGGAAGUAGGGCUGUGGGUAAAGUUUCUUCUGAGUAAGCCUUGGUAGUAAUUGCGAGUGCCUCACAUUACAGAGACAUCCUGAAACAAAUGUCCUUCCCAUACAAGCAUCCACACGCUUCCCCUAAAGUCACUGCAGAAGUCCACUACUCCCACAGAACCAUAACCAGUUUCAACUAUGUACACAAAACCUACUUACACUGUAAGAGGCGGCCUGUAUUAGGAUUCUAGAAAUCUGGGUUCCAGAAGUAGGUCUUCAAUAUAAACUUACUUUCCUUCUAGCAUCUUUCCAUUGCUGACAGUAUUGAAAGACACCACUGAGACUUGUGACAGUACCUAAAAUUAAAUACAAAUGCACAAUGAUACAACAAAUGAACUUGGUAAAUCUAAAAUGAACACAUGGAUGCCUCAUACAGACUUCUUUAAACUCUAGGGUUAGUAGCCAUGCCUGGUAUCCCAGGCCUAUACCCAGCUACACUUUGAGGCCAAGGCAAGAGAGUGAAAGUUAAAGGCCGUGCCUGAGCAACUAGUAAGAUGCUGUCUCAAAAAGAGGCUAUGGAUGUACCUCAGUGGUGUGGUACUUCUGUGUCAUUUACAACAUCCCAAAUUGGCUGAAAGACAUCAAGGAAGGGGCAGUUUGAGCAUCUCUUAUACUCCUAAAGCCUAGACAGACUCCUAUUAAUGUUCCAGGUUCUGGCUGUAGUGAACCAUUGAAGUGUGUACAUAACAGACUCUGGAGGCCAUUUUGUCUCUAGUUUCCUUGGUGCUUCUUUCCCUCAGGGAUGGAGGUCAUAAGACCUGCAGUUCAUUGUGUAAAAAGCCUAUUAAAACCAAUUAUGUGGGCCUGAAAAGAUGCUCAGAGGUUAAGAACACUGUGUGCUCUUAUAGAAAACACAGGUUCCAAUCCCAGCACGUACAUGGUAGCUCACAACCAUCUUUUAAUUCUAGUCACAGGGGACCUAGUUCUCUCUUCUAACCUCUGUGUUCGCCAAGUAUGCAUGUGGUGUACAUAUAUGCAUGUAGGCAAAACAUGUCUAAAAUUUUUUUAAAAUUAAAUACAAUUAUGGUAUACACCUA